GAGCGUAUGUUCUCACAAAAGUGGAAACUGAUAAAGGGAAAAAGAAAAGCCUAAUAGAACAAGAAGAAGAAGAAGAAGCUGCGUGAUGCAAAGAUCGCAAAUGGUUCAGACUCCCAUGACCGGAGCUCCCAAGUUGCGACCCAGAUCUGGUCGAACGCCGCUUCAGCCCAAGAAUUCUCCCGCCAAACUCAUCCUCGAUCCUGUCACACCCCCCAAAUCCAAGCAAAAACCGAUCGAAAUCUCUGUGAUGAAGUGUGAUUCCAAUAAAGAGAAUCUUGAUCCCAUGAAGCUGGAGCCGCUGGAUGCGUCGCUUGCUGAGGAACUCAGUGCAAUCAAGAAGAAGCUCGAAAGGCUAAGAUCCGACAAAGAGAGCACCGAGAGAAUGUUGAAUGAGAGGGGUUCAGUGUUAGAUGGUUACCUGAAGGAGAUGGAACUGAGAGGGCAGUUUCAGAAGUGCCUUGAGAUGGAGGUUGAUCGAUUGUUCCGAUUGAAGGAGCUUAAGUCUCGCUGUAUGAGGGUUUCUCCAAUUAAAUCUUUGAGAGAUAAGGAACAAGAAAAGACGAUUAACGACUCGCCGUCGGAGGUAAAGAUUGAGGAUAUGGUAGAGUCAGGGGAGGAAUCUGAGUUGCAAAGUCCAGGAUCAUCAUCGUCCCGAGUUGAUAUGCAAAAAAUCUGAUCAUGAUUCGGGCACUUCCAUGAAUGAGUUUCAAGGUUAAAACAAUGUGUGGGGAAGUCUCGAUUCAAUACAUAAUGCCUCGUUAUGAAUGAGUAUACAUUUUCUACUCCCAUCUCUAAUUUUCAAUUAAUUGUACUGCCAGCAAGAGAUGGAAGAAGGAGGGGGGAUGGGAGUGAUAUUUUACCACAUCAUUAUUAUAUAAAGGAUAUGGCUUUUCUAUUA